AUGAAGCACCUCUUUGAAGAUGUUAUCAGUAAUCCAUUUGUCUACGUUGAGGGCAAUCAGGAGGGCACAAGUAGCCAGUCAAGCAUGGAUCCACCAGCCUUUGGGAAGGAAUUGUGGGGACUUUGGAAGAGGCUAAUCAAAGUUGACCCGAUCAGAGCAUCUGACUGGCGGAGAACGACAACCCAGCUCCUAAAUCAGGUCCGCCCCGAACAUACGAGGGACUACAGGGUUGCACAUCAAACCGGCAAGGCCCAGGAGCUGCUCGCAAAUCGACUUGCGACCAGUAUGCUCAAAGAGUGUCAAGCCUUGCAGGUAGUAUUAAAGAAAAUGACCGACUCGAAUAAAGUUACAAACCGAUACGAAGGGCUUGUCGAAAUUUAUCGGUCCGCAAUUGACAUAUCUAUUUAUCUGGGAACAAUUGAAACCGAAUUUGAGUUCGAACUUGAUGUCAGGCGGUGUGGGCCCUUCCUGCAUCGCAAAACGAGAGUCCGGAAACGAGGGUGUUCCGAUGAAAUCCAUCCUGACGAAUGGCCUAUUCCAAUACUACUGCACUUUCCUCUUGUCUCAAGUCGCCACUUGAUAACUUCGGACGUUAUUGAUACGUUGCAGCAACGCCGAGAAGAUUUCGAAUACGACCAUAGGGACGACGGGGAAGAAGAAUUACGAAAGCGACUGGACGAAGAGAUCCCCCAGGUUGAAGAGGGCGACACCAUUCUUGAUUCAGCGAUCUCUUUCGCCGAUAUUGUUUACUCCAAAGACGGACCUCAGGCCUACUCAUGUGGUGGUCGCUUUGUCUGUCAGGGCGGAUGUAUAGGCGACAUUGAUGGUGAUGAUGUUGAGGAGGAUGAUGAUGAUGAUGAUGAUGAUGGCAGCGAUUCAAACUCCAAAGUGGACGAUUGA